AUGGGUUUUACGCACAACAGUGAGGAUUCGUCCGAGUUUGCGUUUUUGCUAGUUGAAAACUAUACCAUGACCGCUCCUGUUGGGCUCCGGCCUGAUAGGGAAUCUUUGGAAACACACAUUUCUUCGGAAGAAGAUCCUUUUCGUUGCGCGCAUGUCCUUUGUGGGGUGUCGUGAGGAAGAGUUUGGUGGAUACGAUGGAUGAUACGAUGGACGAUGAGAUGCACCAACACCGAGGCCAUGGCAGAGGGACGGAGUGAGGACGCGUACGUGUAUUGCUUGGAUGGUAGAUAGGUACGGCUACAACUGCGAACACAACCACCAUAACUAGGUUUAUCUGGUUGCAAGGAAAUAAACUCUAACCUACGAGUAUCCUCUCUUCCAUCCAUCCUGCCAUUAAAAGUUGGAGCUGCUGUUGUGUCGUGACCCGACGCGCCACGCUACUACACAAAAAUGUUCAAAUGUUGCAUUUCCAGGCGAGCUGGGCAAAGCGCCAGACCCAGCGCCAGACCCAGCGCCAACGAUCAAACCACGCAACUGGAGUCCACGAUGACCCAAAGAGCUCUCAUCACAGGCGCAACAGGCCUCCUCGGCCGACAGGUCGUCAAGGAGUUUCAACGAGCUGGUUGGGAUGUCAAGGGCACCGGAUUCACACGCGCAAAGCCGCCUUCAAUCAUGAAGCUGGACUUGAGCUCCGAGGCUGAGAUCACCAAAGCACUGGACGAGGUCAAGUACGUUUCUAUGCUACGUUCCAUUUCACAUUACAGCACUGACACGCAGGAGCAUCUGAAGACCUUUGGUUGUGGUUCAUUGUGAGUGCAAACUUUACCCUUUAUUCUACCCUGCGGCGCACAGCAAACACUGACGACACUCUCCAGGUGCUGCGAAUCGAUUCCCAGACAAAUGCGAUAGUGACCCCGAAGGCACACGAGCUCUGAACGUUGCUGCCUCUGCUUCCCUAGCCAAACUCUGCGCUGCUAAAUCCAUCUUCCUCCUCUACAUCUCGACCGACUAUGUGUUUCCCGGCACAGAGGGCGAUGCUCCAUAUGAAGUCGACAGCAAGCCAAACCCCCCGAACCUAUACGGAGAUACCAAAUAUGAGGGCGAGAAGGCAGUCUUGAGCGAGAUGGAGAAGGCGGGGAAGGCAGGCUGGGGUGUAGUCUUGAGAGUGCCAGUCCUAUAUGGCGAGGCAGAAAAGCCGGAGGAGAGCGCUGUCAACGUGCUGAUGAACUCUGUCUGGAAGGCCCAGGAGAAGGAUGCGGUGGUCAAGAUGGAUCAUUGGGCCAUCCGCUAUCCCACAAAUACAGAGGAUGUUGCACGCGUGUGCGAGGGUGAGUUUCCCGGCUUUCGCGGAUGGGAUCGUAUUCGCUGACAUAAACCUUAGAGCUAUCGACGAAAUGGCUAUCGACAGAAGAUAAAGCUCCAAUCCCAACUAUUUUACAGUUUUCCUCGGAAGACCGAUUUACCAAGUACGAGAUUUGCGAGUUGUUCGCCGAGAUCAUGGGGCUGCCUCUGCAGGGCAUGCAAGCUAAUACUGAAGGCAAUGAUCCGAAUGCCAGUGUGCAACGGCCAUACGACUGUCAUUUGUCCAACGAGGCAUUGAAGGAUUUGGGUAUCAAUGUCGCUACGAUGGACUUCAAGGAUUGGUGGAGGAGAGAGGCGAAAGCAUACAGGAAAUAAAAGACGAAGGGACGGCUAUGCGAUUGAUCUCGAUUGGUCUGGCAAAUCGUCAAUCUUUUGCCAGGCAAGUGGAAUUGGCCAUAAACAUAGCUUCUGAAUUGAAUUGAACCAUUCUAGAGUGA